AACCCGGUUUAAAGUGUCUCUCGCGCCCCUAGCGUCUCCUCAGAGCACCUGCAGCUCCGCACCAGAAGGAACUCAUAGACUGAUUGUCACAGAUCCUCUCCCACAGCUCCCAGAGCCACAUUACUGACAUUUUACAACAAUCAUUUCCUACAGGCACUGUCCCCACCCUCUUUACUCGGCUUUAGCACGGAACCGCACGGCACGGCUCGACUCGCUGCCAGCCCCGGCCCUCCUCCAGCGCUUGAUUGGAUUAGAGUCGGCUAGCCUUUGCACUCUAACCCCGCUGAUGCUGGCUGGCUGCUUCCUGCUCUCUCCACUCCCCCUGACCGACUGACGAAGCCUGCCGAAGCCGCACGGCGGAGCGCCCUGCACGGACACAGCCGACCGGGACGAGCCGCUACAGCCAGAGCAGAGCCGCGAAACACAAGCAGGAGGACGAAAAAACGAGGCAGCCAUGCGGAGGAAAUCGAGGAUAUUGUUAUGUUUUGCCGUGCUGUGGGUGCUGGGGAUAGCCUACUACUUCUAUUCGGGGACAGCGUUGAGUCGAAAGGAUGACUGGGCCUCCAGUGACUCGUCCGGUAGGAGUAAAGCUCACAUCUCUGACGGCAAGACUCACAGCCUGGAGACUCUGCCGCCAGGUAAGGUGCGCUGGCAGGAUUUUGACCAGGAUCUGUACGUUGGAGCCACGGUGGUCCGACCGGGUCAGGAUCCGUACGCCAGGAACAAAUUCAACCAGGUGGAGAGCGAUAAACUACGCAUGGACAGAGCUGUGCCUGAUACGAGACACGACCAUUGCAGACAUAAACAAUGGAAGUCAGACCUGCCGGCCUCCAGCGUCGUCAUCACCUUCCACAAUGAAGCUCGCUCUGCUCUGCUGAGGACUGUGGUCAGUGUCCUGAAGAAAAGUCCCUCUCACUUGGUCAAAGAGAUCAUUCUGGUUGACGACUACAGUGAUAACCCGGAGGACGGAGCGCUGCUGGGGAAGAUUGAAAAAGUGCGCGUGUUGAGAAACGACCGGAGAGAAGGACUGAUGCGUUCAAGGGUUCGGGGUGCAGACGCUGCCACGGCACCAGUCCUCACCUUCUUGGACUCUCACUGUGAAUGUAAUGACUACUGGCUAGAGCCUCUACUGGAGAGAGUAGCUGAGGACAAGACCAGAGUAGUUUCUCCCAUCAUUGAUGUCAUCAACAUGGACAACUUCCAGUAUGUAGGAGCCUCGGCCGAUCUGAAAGGAGGUUUUGACUGGAAUUUGGUGUUUAAAUGGGACUACAUGACUCUGGAUCAAAGACGAGCCAGACAAGGCAACCCCAUUGCCCCCAUAAAGACUCCAAUGAUAGCAGGAGGUCUAUUUGUCAUGGAUAAGGAAUACUUUGAGCUGCUGGGAAAGUACGACAUGAUGAUGGAUGUGUGGGGAGGAGAGAACCUGGAGAUCUCAUUUCGUGUGUGGCAGUGUGGUGGAAGUCUGGAGAUCAUCCCCUGCAGCAGAGUUGGCCACGUCUUCAGAAAGCAACAUCCAUACACCUUCCCUGGGGGCAGCGGGACUGUGUUUGCAAGGAACACGAGGAGAGCAGCAGAGGUGUGGAUGGAUGAGUUUAAAAACUUCUACUAUGCUGCUGUCCCCUCAGCGAGAAAUGUCCCCUACGGAAAUAUCCAGAGUCGUUUGGAGAUGAAGAAGAGAUUAGGCUGCAAGCCAUUCAAAUGGUACCUGGAGAACGUCUACCCUGAACUGCGAGUCCCAGAUCACCAGGACAUAGCGUUUGGAGCCUUGCAGCAGGGAGGAAACUGUCUGGACACCCUGGGUCAUUUUGCUGAUGGUGUGGUGGGCGUCUAUGAAUGCCACAAUGCUGGGGGCAACCAGGAGUGGGCCCUGACCAAGGACAAGUCAGUCAAACACAUGGACUUGUGUUUGACUGUGGUGGACAGAACAGCUGGCUCCCUCAUCAAACUACAAGGCUGUCGAGAGAAUGACAGCAGACAGAAAUGGGAGCAGAUUGAGUCCAACUCAAAGCUUCGUCACGUGGGCAGCAACCUCUGUCUGGACAGCCGCAGUGCCAGGAUGGGCGGACUCACUGUGGAGGUCUGCAGCCCGAGCCUCAACCAACAGUGGAAGUUCACCCUCAAUUUACAAUCAUAGGGGGCGCUACAGACCCUGGGAAGAGUUGGAUAUUAGAUAGAGACACCAACAGACUCUGAGACCCGGAUAAAGAGAUGGAAAGACAAACUUGAUGGAUUAAUGGAUCCCUCUUGCUCCACCUCCUCAGAGGUACAGCCAGUCACGUCUAUACACCCCUCCCCCACCUCACCCCUCCCAAAAAACAAAGAGCCACACCCACUGGGGGGGAGGGGCUUGUAGACCAUAAUGGAGUAAACCGGAAACUGACUGGUGGAUGGAUGGUGACAGUGACGAUUAUGAUUAGGAUAAAAGCGAUGAAGAGGCUUUCCAUCCAAACUACAUACCUCAGUGUUUUUUCAUUGAUGGUUCCAGAGGCAAAUGACGAGUGAAUUCUUUUUUUUCUUUUACUUUCUUUAAUGCUGGUGAGAUCGAACUCUUUGAUGUUUUUACUUUGUAAUUAUUUUAUUUUCCUAUUAAUAUUUUUUAUUUCUUGCUGUUGAUUCUCCACGGAGGUGUCGCAGGAGCUUUUUUUUUCAUUCUCGAAAGAAUCAGGUGUUGGUGUUGUCGCUCCUCUCCGCUGCUCUCUCUUUGUUUCACCGCACCGAGCUAGAGCCUGUAACGGCGGACGGAGGCUUCAGGUUGUGGUUUUUGGUGAAGUUUGGGUGUAGAGUGAUGUGAUUCGAGGAAAUGGACUUGAUUCCUUGAGCUUUUCCUCUCGUUUACUCGCAUUGCUUUACAGGACUAACAGAGAAAAGAGAGGCGAGGUGGAGAGAAGAAUGCUGUGUGUUCUGCUUUGUUUCCUGCAGACUGUGUCUUGGGGAGGGGAAGGGGGAUCAGGGAGGAGCUUCUCUACUUUGGAUGGGGCAGUUCCUGAAACCAGAAAGUGUCAUGAAGCCCACCCUCAGGAUUUACUGUUUGUCUUCAGGCUGUAGCACUGGCUGCCACAGCAUCUUCACUUCUACACCAUUAUGUCUCUAAAGAAACCGUACACAAAAAAAAUCUCUUAUCCAUCUUUUUUUAUUUAGUUUUGUCAAAAAAAUGGAACCAAAUUUUAAAUGGAUGUUUUGUGUUUCAGGAAUACCAGAAGAGUGAUUUAAAAGAGUUCUUCUUCACAUACUCUUGCUGCUCUCUAACUGCUCCCUGUGCAGCGGUUCAGUUUAUACACCUUCUCUUCCUGCACAGAUAAUUUUCUUUGCCUGUGUCUUUUUUGACAUUGUAGGAAGGUUACUGUCUAUUAAUCACACCCAAACUGGAUUUAACGUUGCAGCUGUUUCUCUAGAGCUAACAGGUGUUGGCUGCAAAAGGAAUGUAUAAUAUCACCACGAUGAGACAGUCAAUAUUUUACAGAUCAGCUAACAUGAUUGAGAUGUUUGUUUCUACACUUUCAACUUACCCUAGCCUGCUAGAAGGAAACACCAUCAUUAUGUGGCUAACAUUUUACACUUGACAUCCGAGGUCCCUCUUUUUGUUGACAAAGUAAAACCUUGCUUAUUCCAGCCUGAGCAGAUGUGCAAAAAGAAAAAGGGGUUUCCAAAGGCUUGAUUGUAGUCAAACUGUAUGAAAUGUGCUCUGAAAAGAUGCAUGUAUCACCAACAAGCUCCCACAGUUACACUCAGUCAGUAGUGUUUUCCAUCAACAUGUUUUUUCUUCUUCAUUGUGCCUGUUAGAUGAGCCAUCUGCUCAGAAGUUUGAAACUGCAAUAAACAAGGUUUUACCAUUGGUCCUCACUCUAUUUCUGAUAGAGGUGAGCAGAUUUUUCUGAUUGCAUUUUACUGAUACAAAAUACAAAUGAGAACACUUGUUCGUUUUGGCGAGCUACUUUAUUCUGUGGAACAAUAUUUCAGUGUCACCAAACAGCAUUAUGCCACUUUUUUGUUACCUGAUCGUGUUACUGAUACCAUUUUCAGUACGUGUCUGUCUGUUGUGUAUCUUUUGCAACACUAGUCUCUUCUGGGCUUCAACAUGGGUUCAUCUUAAGUGCUAUGAUCCUCCGUACUGUUAGUCAUUGAUGAGUAAUGAUGGUGCAGUUUGGGGGAAUUGGUUUUGAUUAAAUUCGGAGCGACUCAUCACUUGGCAGCUUCAAGGCAUCUUACAUUAACACAAAACAUCUUUGAACAGAUAUACUGUACAACAGAAAUGGCCUAUAAAGCUCGCAUCUCCUAUUUCCUAAUUUAUUCUAGAAAGACGCUGCAGCCUCAAGUGUUGUACUUUAAUGUCAAAUAUCCUCUCUGUUUCUCAAUAUUUCUCUCUCUCUCAAACGCGCACAUUCACAUCCUUACUUGUAAAUGCUCCUUAGAUUUUUUUGUUUGUUUUGGACCGAUUUACAGAAACUGACAGCUUGUCGUGUUUGCUGUGUGACAAUUUUCAAUCCUCUGUUCCAUCACUUUGUUUGUUUUCUGCCCUUUUUGUUCCUUGUACCUGCUGUUUGCCUUGUCUUAUACAUUCAUCCAUCUGUAAGCAGAGUGAGGAGUAGAGAAGGUCAGGUGAAACUGCAGCUUGCAGGUUGCUGCAUAGUGCUGCGAGGCCCAGAUGUGAGGAAGGUUUUGUGUUGCCAUGGUGACCAGACUCAAGGGCCCAAAUCUGAUUUAAGGUUUCAGUUAGUUAGAUUUCAUGCUAAUCAGAAGGUGGAUUUACUGAUAAAUAACGGAAAAGGGUUGGGGGGGUUUGCCAUUCUGUUUGGAAACUGCAAAAAAUGUGAAACUUUCAGUUGUGUCUUAAUUUCUUAAGGUUGUUGCAAAUCAAUAAUUCUUAUACUGAAGAGCUCGUUGGAAUUUAAGUUGUAAAUAAGGAUUUGGUGGAGUACAGUGCACAAAAUCAAGUUUUAAUGCUUCAGUGUUGCUCAGCGUUGGAUAGGUGAGAACCCCAAACUAGGAAGUCUUCAUUUUCAAAGUAUCUGGCCCUUUGUCAUUGUCAGGCAGGGUAACAUGAUGAUGUUUUUAGUGGUGUAUAGCUCCCUCUAUUGUCACACCUCUUGUGGGUAACGAGCAGAGAACUAGAAAAGAAAAGGAAAAAGGGACCGGAGUAAACUUCUGAUGCACGAUGCACCACCCGAGAGUUUCAAAAAAUUUUCUUAAUCACAUUUUCUUUGUCUUUGGUUCAUUCUUUUCUUCUUAAACUGUUGAUUGAGCCAAACUAAAAUGGCCAGGCAGUGGAAACUGAACAGGCAUGAGAACCAAACUGCACACACCUGAGUGACCAUGCCAAUACUGUCUGCAACAAUGGUUCAAAUAUGUUGUUUUAAAGCCUUUUUCUUUUUAAACUAGUCUUGAAAACAUUUUUAUUUUAUUUUGUAUUAUUUUUAUGUUAUACACAGAGGAAAUGACUGUAAUAAUUAAGUAGUCCAGCGCCUCAUUUUGAUUGGAUGAUUAAAUGUUUACAUCUUUAGCACAGUGUGCCAAAGUUCCUUCCUGUUUUCUCUGUAUGAGGAAGAAUGAGAAGAGGUAAAAGUCGCAGAGAACUCGUUCAGUGUUGGGUGCACAUUUGCCUACAGUGUAUGUUGUGUAUCACAUCUUCCCGUUCUCACUUCGACACGUAGGAUACACCGGGGUGAGAAUGGCUCUUAGCUGCUGAUAAGGUGUCAGUUUUAUAAUGGACACAGGGUACAAAUUUGGCAGUUUCCUUAUUUGAUGUCUUAAAAUGUGUCUGCAAAACGUCUGAGGCAGAACCAACUCUGUGUGUGUUAACACUUUGCAAGAUUGACAAUAUUCUUCCUCUCUUUCUAUGAUGCUUUUAGCUUUUUUUCUAGACAGGCAUCUGUAUUAGCAUUAAAAGGGGUCAUAUAACUGAACACCAGUCAGCGAACAGGAGCGUCUUCCCCACUGAGCCAGAAGGACUUUAUUCAUACUCACUGUUUUGGAGGGAAACAAUCAGCUGGUUUAUUUGGUGGAAUUUACCAAGAGAGGAGGUGUAAAAGUCGAGCUUUGUGUUCUCUCAGCUUUUCAUGAUUUGUCCUAACAAGAGGGAAGUCUUUCACCUCAAAUGCCCUCUUAGGAUUAACAGAAGAGCCCUCUCUGAUAUGUGAAAAACCCCGCUGAGACAUCCAGCUAAGGACUGCUAAAGCUUCUCCAUCUUUUGCUAUGAGUGACAGUAACAGUGUUUGAGUCAGGGCAUAAGGGGGGCUUAACAUGCACAUAAGACACUGUACUGUACAAGUCUCAUCAACCAGUAAUGACCGAUAAACGGUAAAACAGUAAUCAAUAGAGAGGGACAUGAAGUAAUGGGGUAAUGAUGUGUUUUUUAAGAGGAAUGUGGCUUCAUUGAAUGACAGUGGUGGGUGAAAUGGUACGAGGGGUCACACAUGUAAAAGUGUAUAUUUUUGUAUAUACCUACAUCAGUGUGUGUACAGUAUGUACAUAUAUACACAGUGUACUCAGCCGCGGUUCCUAGUUUUGUUGUCAGACUGUACAGCGCUUCUAACUGUUCCCUGUUUUAUAGAUUCUGCAGAAAUUCAACUUUGAAUGAGGAGAAAUGAUUAACUUAAAUAAAUGCAUUUAUAUAUAUAUAUAUAAA